AUGAAUAAAGCAUGCAGUUUCCAUGUUUCGCCAGAAGAUGAUACAAAAGAAGCAGCUAAUAAGCUUCAUCUUGAAGGCCCUAGCAAUGACUCAGAAAAUGAGGACACAUGUUUGGGCAAAACCCGAGGCAUGAUCAUGGGAGCUGCAGUCUCGACUGUUUACUAUAAUCUGAAGCUCAGGCAUUUGACUAUUGACAUGCCAAUUAUCGUCUAUGACUUGGUUGUUCAUGUCCAACCUAUGCUUAUGCUAGGCAUUAGCAUCAGAAUUUCUUUCAAUGUGAUAUUUGCCGAUUGGAUGGUCACUGUUCUUUUAAUCAUUCUCUAUGAGGCUGCGAAGCAAUGUAGGCAAGCAGUCCGUGUCGUCGAGAAUGUUCAUUUGAAGGAACUCAGUCUUCUGAUCUUUGUUUGGAUGGCAUUUCUUGCACUGCAGAUCAUCAAGCAUUCAAAGCUAACAUUCUCUUCUCUGCACAUCCCCCUCUCUCUUGGCGUUUAUGGUCAUGAAUCAAUUUGCAUGUACAAGGGAUGGAAAAAAAUUGCAUCUAAGAGAGAUGAUGGCUCCAACUUGAAAGUGCACCAAUUGAUAACAUAUUGCUUGUUGGGUGCACUAGCUGGUACGGUAUGGGGUUUACUGGGUGUGGGAGGUGGAUCUAUCAUGGGUCCAAUAUUUUUGGAGUUAGGCAUUCCACCUUGA